ACAGCACGUAACAGAGAGCUUUUAUUUAGUUCUCAAAGAGCUGGAGCGAGUGUCAUGCUGCUGCCUGUCUUGGCCAGAUCUCCCUUGAAAAAGAGAUCAUUAAUUUUAAUGGGAUGUUAAAUGAAGGUUAAAUACAAUUACAAAAAAUCUAAAUCAAAUGCUAGUACUACUUUUUUCCUAUGGACAAAUAAAAUCUCAUCACACUGUUAAAAGAGAAAAUCUCAGAGGUUCAUUGCAAAUCACGUGGCAGGAGCUUAUGGUGGGGGUACAGAGUGGUCUUCUCAUGUUUCCAAUCAACAUCCUCAUCAUCACCAUCUUCCGAAGCAUCAGACCUCGACUUAUCACAAAAUCUAAAAAAGGAGACUCUGACGACAACUUGAGACCCCCUGCAGUGAAUUUAUCUACUAUUCUGAAGGACACAGAGGAGGUGAUUGAUUUGGUGAGCAAAAGUCCAAGGAACAAGAUGUCAGAGAUGCACAGGCUGGAGUCCACCGCUGACCUCUGCCAUGCACUGGACAGAGUGCAUGAAUUCAUCCAUCUUAUGCAAGGGGAGAGUGAGAGUGGCCCCCACUGGGUGUACUGCAGCAAGUUCCUCCUGGCUGGUCUCUGCCACCUCCUGAUGUGCCUGGAGAAACUGGAUGAAAAGAACUUCCCGAGUCCACAGGAAUACCAGCAGACCCUCAACAUCACCAACCUGCUGGUUCGCAAGGCUGAGAUGGUCUUCAGCAGCCACUUGGCCUACUGCCCGCCUCCUGUGAAGAAGAGGAAGAGGAAGUCAGGGAGCUGCUGGCUGCCCUGGUGGUGUGUGUUCCUGGGCUGGUUCCUGUUGCUGUCCAUAAGUGGAGUAUCAGCUUUCUUCACCCUGUUGUACGGCUUGGAUUACGGCAGAGAAAAGUCCAUCAAGUGGGUCAUGUCUCUGGGCCUCUCCCUCUUCCAGAGCAUCUUUAUACUGCAGCCUCUCAAGGUGAUAGGCAUUGCUGUGUUUUUUGCCCUGCUGCUGAAACCUGUAGCUGUGGAGGAGACUGAGGAAAUUGAGCAGGUGAUGUUAGAGCAACAAGCCAAGUGUAGAUGGUACUCUGGCAGGGACACACUGUGAGGAGGCUGCAUUUAGCGGCAGAAGCUGUGGUCUCCAAAGGGCUCAGCUGCGAUCCACGGCAUCCGAACUUCUUAAACACUCUUUUGCACUUAUUUUAACUUUCUGAAUAAAACAUUAAUUCUGGUGUGGUUGUGUAUGUGUAAAGAAUUUCCUACGCCUGAGAAAGUUUUCUGGAAUAGUGAGUCAGAGUAAAUGGCUAAUUACAUAACUGCGGUUGUUGCAUGUCAUAGUGUUGCUUUUUCCAAAACAUUAAUAUUGUUGAUGAUGUACGUGUAUGUAAAGAAAAUCUAGACCUAGCAUGAACUCUUUGAGUCGUUUUGAGAGUAAAAAAGAGUCUUCAGGGUAUCAAAAACAUAUAAUGGAAGAAUAGAAGCCCUGCUAGACUUACUGAAUGUUUGUACAGAUAUACUAUACAAAAUGUCUGUACAACAUAAUCAUUUAUUUUGCUUGACCUAGGUUCAUUUGGGUUUUAGAGGAGCAUUUUAAUGUAAUGUAAAUGAUUAUAUUUAACGAUACUUCACAGGCUCAUCAUAGGGGGGAAACACUGAAUCCUUCUUGUUUUAGCAUGAACAUGAUAACAAACCUUCUAAUAUUUAUUGUUGGAAUAAAUUAUUUGCUAUAAGUAACUUUGAAAUAUGUAUGUGGUCAGCAUUCAAAGACUCCUAACUGCUAUUUACAUGACUAGUCAUCGCAGUGUAUGAGGUCCGAUCAUCGACCGCACACCAACAUGAGCUUUCACUUUUAACAGAGUGGGAAGGUGCUUUUAUGUAAUAUAUGGGACAUAUGGGAACAGAUUAUUAAUUGAUCACUUGUUUCAUUUCACCUUCAUGUCACUGUAACAGAUGCUGAAGGUUCAUGUCUUGACUUUUCAUCAUGCAAGCCAACUUCUAUGUGAUUCAG